AUGACCAGCGCUAGAAGAGCUGUAUGCAGAAGCAGGACUAUAACACUCUGUGAAUCCUUUGUGUUGAAUCAUCUCACCACUUCCGCUCAUCCGAAGACCAAGACUCAAGAAGACCUCUUAGCCAGGGUGAGCGAGCAAUCAAGCAAUAGCACCAGCACUACUCCCUCAUCUAAUCGUGCAUCAGGGUGCACAUCAAGUGCCACUGGCGCCUCACAGACAACUUCUAAUAGCGAAGGUGAGAGUACUGAAAGUAGUGGAUUACCCAAAGAUUGGGAAGAUAUCAGAAAGGAGAAGCUUGAACUUGAGGCUGCCCAUUUUGGAACGAGUCAAACAAGAUAA